AUGUGCAACAAGGGUCGACUCCAGAAUAUCGAAUCCCAAGAAUUUAAAAAGUUGUAUCGUCUGCUUCGUCGCGGUGACGCGUUUACUGUAACUGGAAACCCGCAUCGUACUGCCCGUGGCGAACUUACCCUCAACGUGACGGAGUUGCCUCAAUUGCUAGCGCCAUGCCUACAUGAUGUUCCUGUUCAUGAUGUUUCUCAUGAGAUCUCGCCGUACCCCCGCCAUGUCCAGUUCCUAGCUGAUCCUGCGACGGCGGAUAUUAUUCGUGCCAGAUCGGUUUUGACUCAAUACCUGCGUCAGUUCUUUGUGGAUCGCUCUUUUAUGGAAGUCAGCACACCUAUCAUUGGGGCUGUGGCGGGAGGUGCGAUUGCCCGUCCCUUCGUGACCUCUGCAACGGAGUUUCCAGAACGCGAAUUAUCACUGCGUAUUGCGCCGGAGCUGUGGCUGAAGCGAUUGAUUGUGGGUGGAUUUGAUAAAGUAUUUGAAAUUGGCCCGUCGUUUCGCAAUGAAGGUCUUGAUAAAACCCACAAUGCAGAGUUUACAACCUGCGAAUUCUAUCAUGCCUACGCCAACCUGGAAGAUCUAAUGCGCACCAGUGAAGAACUUCUCUCCGGAAUGGCAGCUCGCAUCCACGCAUUCAACAAAGAUAAUAAUACCCUUAACCCUACUAAGGUCAACUUUGACGCACCAUUCAAGCGUAUCGACUUCAUCACCGGCAUCGAAGAAGCUAUCAACCAGAAGCUGCCCGAUCUGAGUGCCGCGGACGCUCUCGACCAAAUCCGCUCCCUGUUCCAUACUCUUUCCCUCGAGAUCCCCGAAAACCCUACCCUCCCCCGUCUCCUUGAUGAACUUUGCAGCGUCUACGUUGAACCGCAAUGCAUAGACCCGACCUUCAUCAUCAACUCACCUGAGUGCCUUUCUCCACUCUCCAAAUCAUUUACUCAUCCUGUAACGGGCCAAUGUGUUGCCGCGCGCGGCGAGCUCUUUAUCGAGGGCAAGGAAGUGAUUAAUUUAUAUGAAGAGGAGAAUUCGCCUUUUGAGCAGCGCCGCAAGUUUGAGGACCAGUUGCGAUUUAGUCAUGCAGUUGGUGAGACUGGCGAGAUUGAUGAGAGUUAUCUUGAGGCUUUGGAAUGGGGACUCCCUUCAACAGGAGGAUGGGGAUGUGGCAUUGAUCGCCUUGUGAUGCUGUUCACGGGUGCUAAGCGCAUCGGUGAUGUAUUGGCCUUUGGGAACUUGAGGGCUGUUACUAGACGUCCUGGAGUGACUGCGGCAUAG